AUGACUCGAUCUCACGCAAAAAACAACACGACUCAAUCGACCUUAUCGUACUACGAACGAACUCUCCUGCGUAAAGAUGGAGCAGCCAGAAGACUAGGUAGAGACUCCUUCAAACCUUUAGAUGCAUGCUAUCUUUGUCUAUCAAAAGUCAACGAUCCUGUAUCAUGCUCAUCGGGGCAUAUAUACUGUAGGGAAUGCUGUAUAUCCGAUUUGAUCAGUCAAAAAGCAGGUAUAGAAGCUAAGAAGCGCGAGAUGGAGAGAUGGGAGGAGUCAGAAAGACUGGAAAGGGAAGAAGCAAAGCUGAAAGCCAGAGAAAGAGUUGUAUCGGAUUUCGAAAAAGGAAUGAGUCUAGGAGGAUCGUCGACAGUGAAAAGGAUACCAUUCGGAGAGGACAAGGAUAAAUCGACUACAAAGAGUAAAUUCGAAUUGGACAAUAAUGCUGUAGAGAAAGUCGCGAAAGAAGCUGAGGAGAAGGCCUUGAGGGUGAUGGAAUUAGAACAAUCUGAGUCUAGAAAGGCGAAAUUGGCUGCAUUCUGGUUACCUUCUUUAACACCUGAAGCUAAACUCGGGCCAUUGAAGGACGUGAAAUUGCAGACGCUUUGUCAUGUCGGUGGAUCGCCUCAUCCCAUAUCGCGUAAGACCCUCCUUCCCGUCAUCCUGACUUACCCUCCUUCUUCCACUUCCAAACCGAUCUGUCCCACAUGUACCAAAGAACUAUCCAACGCUACCUCUUCAAUCCUCCUGUCCUCGCGUCAGCCAAUACAUCCAGCAGAUGGUGAUGGAGAUGAGGGACGUAAGAAGAAGAAGCAGAAAAAGGAUAAAGAGGAAGCAUACGUGUGUGGACAUGUGAUUUGUCAGACUUGCUCAGAUACCAUAGUCAAACCUCAAGGAAGGUGUUGUGUUUGUGAUGCCAAGGUGGAAGAUAGUGGAAGAAUACCGCUGGGCAAAGAAGGAACCGGAUUCGCGGCUGCUGGCGGAGCCGAAGUGAAGAGGGAGGGAGUAGCAUUCCGAGUAUAG